UUCAGAUUCCUGGACAUCCGUGUUAACAUUUCUUCGUAUUCCAUGUCAGCGCUCUUCUUUAAGUAAAAUGGACAACCUAUAAACAUCUAAAAAAUUGACUAUUUUGUCGCACUGGAGAGUAUUUUAAACACUUACGUCAGUCUAGUGGUUUGAAAAGGGGUGUUAGUGGGAUCUAAAGAGCUGGCCAUUGGAUUACCGCCUUAUUAGACAACAACCACUGUCAACUCUCAACCAGUACGUCUCGUGCACACGUUCCCUCGAGAGAACGCCAACUUAAUCCGAGCUCGCGCUCGUCUCUUUCAACGGUCAAUUUUGGGAUAUCAUGAGCUCUUAGUUCUUGGCAGAAAUAGUUAUAUAUCUUCACCUGGACAUGGAUAACUACCGCCAUCAGCGAUAUGAAGGCUCGACUCAAGGGAGGGAAAACAAAAUCCAUCGAAAGAAAGGAUUUGGAGUCGGAGUGUCGUCUCAGUGCAGUUCAAGUGGGGAUGACGGAGAGAAGAAACCUAAAUUUCUGGACAGAUUUUCCAGUAUCCGGAUCCCUGGCAGUAAAAAGGAACGGCCACCCCUCUCCCACAUGUCCAAGCAUUCCUCUUUUGAUGACUGGUCCACUUCCUCUGAAUUUGAGGAGCUUUCUUCAAAGAUCACAUCAGAGAAGGAAAUCCUUGCCCUCUUUGAGAAAAUGAUGGAGGAUAUGAAUCUUAAUGAAGAGAAGAAAGCUCCUCUCAGAGAAAAAGACUUGAGCACAAAAAGGGAGAUGGUCCUUCAGUACAUCAUCACAGCUGCAAAAACCGGUAGUUUGAGGAGCAGCAGUCAGAUCUCUCCUCAGGAGUUUCUGAGUGAGCUGAAAGGAGGUGCCACCGAUGAGAGACUGUUUGCUUGUUUAGACUCCCUCAGAGUGUCACUCACCAGCAACCCAGUCAGCUGGGUGCAGAGUUUUGGCCACGAGGGUCUGGGUCUCCUGUUGGAUACGCUGGAGAAGCUCCUCCUCAAAAAACACCAAGAAAACGUGGAUAAGAAGAGUCAACACAAAGUCAUUCAGUGCCUCAAGGCCUUUAUGAACAACAAGUAUGGACUGGAGCGGAUCCUUGGAGAGGAGAAGAGUCUGACACUGUUGGCCCAAGCCAUUGACCCUGGUCAGCCGGCCAUGAUGACAGAUGUGGUCAAACUGCUCUCUGCAAUCUGCAUUGUGGGAGAAGAAAAUACUUUGGAGAAGGUCCUUGAGGCCAUCACCACAGCAACUGAGGGAAGAGGGGUGGCCCGCUUUAACCCUAUCGUUCAAGGUCUUAGUGUGCGCUCCAUCCAAUUACAGUGGCCUCAGUAUUUUAAGAUCAUAGAGGAGUGUGUCUCUCAAAUCAUCCUCCAUCGUAGCGGCACAGAUCCUGACUUUGCCUACCGCAAACGUCUGGAUGUGGACUUCAGCCACCUGUUAGAGGUGUGUGUGGAUAAAGCCAGGGCCGAGGAGUUUGAACAGAGGGCCUUAGAGUUAGCUCAAAAGUUUGAUGAGGAGUUCCUGGGCAGACAGGAAGCUCAAGCCCAGCUGUUGAAAAGAGAGGAAAAGAUCAAUGAGCUGGAAGCUGAACUUCAGGCUUAUAGAAACCAGUUCGGAGCUGUUCCAGUGGUUUUACCUUCAGUGCAGUCUGUCCCAGCCUUGUCUUCAACUACCUCUUCCUCAUGUCCCCCUGCCCCACCUCCUGCUCCACCUGUUCCAGGAGUUCCAGGUCCGCCACCUCCACCGCCUCCACCUGGCUGUGCCUCCAUGCCCGGGAUGCCUCCACCCCCUCCUCCUCCUUUGGGACUAGGUGGAUUGACAUCCUUCUUAAUCCAACACGUGCUGCCUUUUGGCCUAAAACCUAAGAAGGAAUUCAAACCAGAGGCUUCCAUGAAGCGCCUCAACUGGUCCAAGAUCUCCCCCCAGGAGAUGUCCGAGAGCUGUUUUUGGGUCGUCGCCAAAGAAGAGCGUUACGAGAAUGAGGACCUGCUGACCAGGCUCGCCAUUACCUUCGGCACACAGAGAGCUGCUCGACGAGAAGAGGAGGAACUGGAGGAGAAGAAAAUCAAAAAGAGAGUCAAAGAACUGAAGGUGCUGGACCCGAAGAUAGCACAAAACCUCUCCAUUUUCCUGGGGUCGUUCCGUAUGCCCUAUGAGGAGAUCAGGAGAAUGAUUUUAGAGGUGGACGAGGAUCAGCUGACUGAGCCCAUGAUCCAGAAUCUUGUGAAGUACCUGCCUGAACAGGAGCAGCUGAACGCACUGGUCAAGUACAAGAGCGAAUUUGCCAACCUCUCUGAACCAGAGCAGUUUGGAGUAGUGAUUAGUACCGUGAAGCGUCUGAGGCCCAGGCUGAACUCCAUCCUGUUUAAGCUGCAGUUUGAAGAACAAGUGAGUAACUUGCGUCCGGAAAUCAUGGCAGUGAACGCAGCCUGCAACGAGGUGAAGAAGAGCAAAGCCUUCAGCAGGCUGCUGGAACUCAUUCUGCUCAUGGGGAACUUCAUGAACACUGGCUCGCGGAACGCCCAGUCCUUUGGCUUUAACCUCAGCUCGCUCUGCAAGCUGAAAGACACUAAAUCGGCUGAUCAGAAGUCCACUCUACUUCACUUCCUGGCAGAGAUCUGUGAGGAGAAAUACCCUGAAGUAAUGAAGUUUGUGGAGGAUCUACAGCAUGUGGACCAGGCCAGUCGAGUAUCAGCAGAAAACCUUGAGAAGAGCUUGAGACAGAUGGAGAAACACCUGCUGCAGUUGGAGAAGGAUCUGGACACUUUCAGCUCCACAGACGACCAGCAGGACCUGUUCCUCAGCAAGAUGGCAAGUUUCUCCACGCAGGCGAGAGAUCAGUACCAGAAGCUGGUGAUCAUGCACAGUAAUAUGGUGACCCUUUAUCUCAACAUGCUGGAGUAUUUCACCAUCGACCCCAAGAAGACCUCUGUGGAGGAACUCUUCACUGACCUCAGCAACUUCAGAGCCAUGUUCAUGCAAGCAGUGAAGGAGAACGCAAGGAGAAGAGAGGCGGAGGAGAAGCAGAGGAAAGCGAGGAUAGCCAAAGAGAAGGCGGAACGAGAGAAGCAGGAAAGGCAGAUGAAGAAGAAGAGACUGCUGGAGGUCAAAACAGAGAACGAUGAGACCGGUGUGAUGGAUUGUCUGCUGGAGGCGCUGCAGUCUGGAGCUGCUUUCAGAGACCGCAGGAAAAGAGCACCCAGACCCCGAGAUGAACCAACACAAGUGCUCAAUCCGAGUCUACAAAGACCUGUUCUGAAAGACUACAACCACGAAAACAUGAAGGCACCUCUGCAAAGGUCACGGUCGCGGCAGAAUAUCAAUUUCAACUCGACACGAGCACCCACUGCCAAGGAGCCUCAUUACGAGAGCGAACCCCAUCCGUCUGCAGCCCACAGGCCGACCCACCGGGCCGAGAGAGAGAAGGAAAAAGAGCAAACUCCGACGCUUUGCUCAUCCAAUGGUGACACGGACGUGGAGGCCUUGCUCGCACGCCUGCGUGCCCUGUGAUGACAUCACCGCCUCUCGGGUUUGACCUCUGUAGUCACUUCGGUGACACAGACACAAAAAAGAAACACGAAGCUCGCAGUCACCUUUUGCUAAUAAAUGCCGGCGGGUUGCGCACAUACGCGCAUAGGAAAAGUCUUAACAAUUAACCUUUCCCAUCCGUCGUCUCUGCCCUUUUACCUCCAACAACAGACUUGUUGUCCACAGAAGUGCGAGUCAUUGUGCUGGACGGGUCCAGGAUGAAAACUCGUCGCUGUUUUGUAUUAAGCAGCUAAUUACCGGAUGGUUUAGAGUGACCUUUGGGCCAACCACUUGUCUUUUUUUAUGUCGUAAACAGACCAAUUAUUACUCUUUAAAGGCUUCACGCUGCUCUUUAAGGCACUCAUACAUGCGUAUUUUCACAUACAUAGAUGUUUGAGCGAUAGCAGUUCAAAUUUGUCAAAACAAAAAUUAGCUUCUUUAAUGACAUAGCUAUAUCUUAAAUGUUUAUUAUAAACAUAAAUCACUUUUUUCAGUGUGAAUAUUCUUUACCUUUGUUUGUAUUCAUGUAUAUGUAAUCAAAUUAAUCCUAAAAACAGUUUUAAUAUGCAUGGACAUCUUUAUACUUAUGAGGAAUUACUCACUGUUUUCUAUUUUUGAGAUAAAAAAUAAUGUAUUAGAUGGGUUUCGUCCCCCUCAAGAGAGACGGUACUAUGCAAGAGCAGCGGUUCUGUAUUAGGAGAGCCGCUGACAGCACAUCCCUGAGUGCCAGGAGUAUUUGUACUGCUUAGCAAACCUCACUGAUAUAAUGCACACUUCUUCUCUGCACAUUUGUUCUUGGAUCUGCUGCUUUUCCAAAUAAUAUUUCUCUUUUUUUUUUAGACAUUUGAUUUCUUUGGUUUCUUUUUGUGUUUGUCUGUCUUGUUGUGUGCAGGUGUUUUCUCGUUGUAUAAUUGGCAUGUUUUCACAUUCCUCCUCAUGAUGUUUUCUGUUCUGCUAUUCCUGAUGUGAUUUUCCUCUUUACUGCUCUCAAUCAGGCGUGACAUCGGAAUGCGAUUACCUGUGAAAUCACAUCUCUUUCUCUCUCUUUCUCUCUCUUUCUGGACUUACUCCCAUCACCUUUUUUGAUUCUUUGAAACAACAUUCCUGUUAUUGGAUAGACAUUAUUGCG